AUGGAGUCGCAGAGCGUCGUGCCUCGAGCGUGCCAUAAUUGCCGAGUCCGCAAGAUCAGAUGCAACCGCGAAUUUCCUUGCUCCAACUGCCUGACGUCCAAUAUCCAAUGCCAGCCCGGAUCGCGCGCUGGGCGUUCCGCGGCUGUGGCUGCACCCGCACCUGGUAAUGGAGGCGCCUUUAAAGAAUUGCAAGAGCGCAUAGCUCGCCUUGAACAUGCUCUCGAGAAGCUGUCUACCUCACCGUCGCCGGGCUGCUCCAUUGACAUCCAUGGCGGCACCCAAGACGGCAACGGCUCGUCCGUUGCGCCAGUACCCGCCGCACAAAAGACCUGGACCGAGUCGACGGGCUUCGUCGAGCGCGACCCGUCGUUUGAGCGUCAGUCGUACCUCGCCAGCCAGAUUGCCGAGCUCGCUCAUCCGGCCAGCUCAGAGUCGCACCAGGUUGCCGACGAGCUCAAGACGCUGAGCGCCGUGAGCAAUACCCCGGCAUCUUCCAACACGAGUCGCAACACGGCCGCCGUGAGCUCCGAUGCGGACUAUGUCCUCAAGCGGGAGCAGGUGCCGGCCAGCUUUGUACUCAAGAUAAUACGCUACCUCGAAAGCAGAGUCAAAAAUGCCAAUAAGCCCUUGCUGCUGAUUGUGCAUCCAAUACCCGACUUGGACGUGCUCAAGAACCUGUGCCAGCACAUUUACUUUCCCUUAGAUCCCAUGACGGCAGGCGAGCUGACGUUGUUUAAUGCUCUUCUGUACUUUGCCAUUUGGGAGGUACAGUCUCGCGGCGAUAGUGAUAUUGACCCAGAUGAGCUGGCCAAGUAUCGGCGAAUAACUGAUGCCAACUUCAACUGCGGAGUCGAAGACGCAGGAAUUAUUACUAUUGCCAGUUACGAGAAUGCCUUGACAUUAUGUCUUGCUGCUUACUACGCUCACACGCUCGGCGACAUUGUCCGUCACCAGGCCGUGGUGUCGGCCGCCGCACGGCACUGCCUGCAACUCGGCUACCAUAGAAAUGACAAGGGGCAGCUCCCGCCUGAGGAGUCGCACAAGCGCAGGCUCCUCUUCUGGCACGUCUACAUCUCAGAGCUUGGACUUACCCUGCGCCUCGGCCGGGCCGCUGUCAUUCAAGAGUUUGACGUGGACGUGCCGCAGCUCAACGUCUCCUCCGAUCCGCGCCAGGCCGUCUGGGACGAAUCCCUGCGCUCCUUUACUCGAUUCUCCUCUAUCCAGAGCAGAAUCUACUGCAAAAUAUACUCGCCCGGCGCUAUUGCCACGCUGGCCGCGAAGCCUGCGAAGCGGCCGGCCCGCGUGGCCAAGUUUGCCGCCGAGCUCAACGAGUGGUACAUGGAGUGGAACCAGAUCAACAGCGCCGACGCCUACUAUCCCAUGGUACACCAGCACACGUUCAUGGCCGUCGAGGUCAUCUACUACUCGGUGCUGACGUUGCUUCAUCGCGGCAGCACCGACUCCAACUCGCCGUCGGAUAUUUCGCCAGAGUGUUUCGCGGCCGCCCGACAAGGUCUCCAGACGCAUCUACGCAUCUUUCCCGCAGUGCUUGCACAAGGACCUGGCACAGUUUCAUACUAUGGCGUUUGGAUCUUUAUGUAUUCCUCCUUCACGCCCUAUGUCGUCACAUUUUUGCACAGCAUCGCCAACACGGAUACCAACGACUUGCAGCUGCUGAAGAACGUGCUCGACACGCUUGACGAUAUCGGCUCUGGGUAUGAACUUGUGCAUCGCCAAAAGACGCUCUGCUCGGCUCUGUAUCGUAUUGCCAAUGCUUUCAUCGAGUCACGCCAGUGCCAGCAGAACGGCGGCAGCCAGGACUGCGCCGAGCAGAGCGCCAUAGACCACCAAGCCUUCGUCACCGCUGCUGAGCAAACGCUCAACCUGCCGUUGCAGCCAGAUACGAUUCAAGAUUGGGGAAAUUUUGAUACUAUCGUGGAGGAUUGGGAGUCCCAAUACUUUAAUCAGCAGUCACUCAUGUUGGGAAAUUCGCUGGAUCAAUAG